CAUAUUUAGUUUUGUCUGAAUAGGAUAAAAAAAAACAUUUAUGCAUGCAAGAAUAAAAAAAAGUGGCAAGUUUUAUUUAGUUUAAAUGAUUUUGUGUUUCUAACAGAUCAAAUACACAGACAAUAGUUUUUGAUAAUUAUAGAAAACGUUAACUGGGUUGAACACUGAGGUAUAGCAUUACAUCAUCUGCAUAGAAUUGGACUUCUUUGCUGUGGCGCCUGAUAACUGACCUUAAACACUGCAGGUUCAUGUGUCGGAAAAUUGAACCAUUUCCCUUUUGGAAACAUUUGCCUGAGUGUAGUCCAAACAAACAAAUCUCUGUCAUUCAUUCUGGUUUACAACUUUAGUUUUUCUGCUUUCUUCUGCUGAAAUCUUUACAUUUCUUUUGUGAUUUUGGAGGGGGGGGGUCCAUGUUCAGUUCCACUGUGGGACAGUUCUGUGGAUGCAGAUCUGUCCGCGUCAGGACGGUGCGUAGUCGUGGUUGGGGGGUGGGAACAGGUUCUCAGAGCAGCUGGGAACGGCCCUGCACCCCCCCCUUCCCGCCACUGCUGUGAAUGUUUUUCCACAGAAAGGGGGGGCGUCUCCGGGAUCCGUCCUGACAGGACCGUGAACAUGCCGCGGCUCGGCGCCGUCCCCUCAGCGCGUCAGUGAGCGGUCGGACUCGGGGCCACAGCCGCACGCCGGGAUGGAGCGCAGCGACGGCGGCGACCAUGACAGCGGCUCCCCGCAGAACACGAUGUGGAAGCAGAUCCAAGCCCGCGCGAAGCCGCUGCUGCUCAGCCCCAAGCUGGGCAACCGAGACCCGGACGAGCGCAGGGAGCGCAGCGGCUGGGUGUUCCGGAAGAUCAAGCGCCGGGACCACGCCGCUCUGGACCGGGUCAUCUCGUCGUCGCAGCCCGACCUGCUGUCCGCCGCUCAGGUGGAGGCGGAGGAGGAGGCGCCGCUCUGCGGCACAGCGCCCGGUGGCGGCGGCGCUCCGGCCCGGGAGAAGCUGCACUCCUCCGUUAGACGCAGGUCCGCCGCGGGCGGGAAGAAGCCCACGGUGGCGCAGCUGGUGCAGUCCCACCACAAGAGCUGCUCCGUGGGCUCCGCAAACCUCGAACUGUCCGAGCCUGCGAGCGGCGGCGCGGCGGCCGCUGCAGCGGCGGAGGCGGCGCGGGAGCGCGCCGGGCCGGGCGUGGGGGCCUCAUGGUCCUCAGGACAACCUCCUCAGCCGGCCGUCUCCAGCUCCGGCAUGUACAAGCUGGACAUCCUACUCAAGAGAGGACACAACCUGGCCAUCCGGGACAGAGGAGGUACCAGCGACCCGUAUGUCAAGUUCAAGCUGGCUGGAAAAGAGGUGUUCAGAAGCAAGACCAUCCACAAGAACCUGAACCCGGUGUGGGACGAGAGGACCACUCUGGUGGUGGACAGUCUGAGUGAGCCUCUGUACGUGAAGGUGUUUGAUUAUGACUUUGGCCUUCAGGAUGACUUCAUGGGUUCUGCGUUUCUGUACCUGGAGUCUCUGGAGCAGCAGAGAACAAUUCCCGUGACUCUGGUCUUGAAGGACCCUCAGCUCCCGGAUCAGGACCUGGGGUCUCUGGAGCUCGCCGUCACGCUGACGCCCAAAGACAGCCCCCUGCAGGAGCCGCACGACAUGCCGCAGCGCUCUGAGGUUACCACGUACCGCUGGAAGCCGUAUGUACACAAAACCAUGCUGCUCAGGAGGUCCUGGAAACGGUCCACAAAGCAGCAGCAGUCCAUGCGUCUCUCUGAGCUGCAUCGGAAAUCUCAGCUCUGGCGAGGGAUCGUCAGCAUCGCGCUGAUCGAAGGUCGGAACCUGAUUCCCAUGGACCCCAACGGCCUGAGCGACCCGUAUGUGAAGUUCAGGCUGGGACCCCAGAAGUACAAGAGCAAGACGCUGCAGAAGACCUUGAGUCCUCAGUGGAGGGAGCAGUUCGACAUGCACAUGUACGAGGAGACCGGAGGAGUCCUGGAGAUCACGGUGUGGGACAAAGACACCGGCAGGAGAGAUGACUUCAUUGGACGCUGCCAGCUGGACCUCUCCACUCUGGCCAAGGAGCAGACCCACCACCUGAAGCUGUCAUUGGAGGAGAACAGGGGCGACCUGGUGCUGCUGGUCACAUUGACCGCCACGGCCGCCGUGUCCAUCACAGACCUGUCCAUCACGCCGCUGGAUGACCCGUGUGAGCGCAGGGUGAUCCACCAACGAUACAGCGUGAGGAGGUCGUUCUCCAACUUCAAAGACGUGGGCAUCGUGCAGGUGAAGGUGCUGAGAGCAGAAGGUCUGAUGGUUGCCGACGUCACCGGUAAAAGUGACCCGUUCUGUGUGCUGGAGCUGAAUAACGACCGCCUGCAGACCCAUACAGUGUACAAGAAUCUCAACCCGGAGUGGAACAAAGUCUUCACUUUUAACGUGAAGGACAUCCACUCAGUGCUGGAGGUGACCGUGUUGGACGAAGACAGAGACAGGAGUGCUGACUUCCUGGGGAAAGUGGCCAUUCCUCUGUUAAGUGUCCAUAACGGCCAGCAGAGGGCGUACCUGCUGAAAAACAAGGAGUUGACGGCCCCGACCAAAGGGGUGGUCCACCUGGAGAUCGAGGUCAUCUACAACACUGUCAAAGCUGCUUUGAGGACAGUUGUUCCUGCAGAACAGAAAUACAUCGAGGAAGAGCCCAAAGUCUCCAAACAGCUGCUGCAGCAGAACUUUAACCGGGUGAAGCGGUGCAUCCUGGUCCUCUUCAGCUACGGCACCUACAUCAACAGCUGCUUCGAGUGGGAGUCGGCGCAGAGGAGCAUCCUCUCCUUCGUGCUGUUUGUGGUGGUGGUGUGGACCUUUGAGAUGUACAUGCUGCCGCUGUUCCUGGUGCUCCUGCUCGUCUGGAACCACUUCUUUUCCUCAAGUAGAGAAAUGACCGACGGGUCCAUGGAGGCCAUGUUUGAAUGGGAGGAUGAAGAAGAAGACAAGGAGGACAAGGACUCUGAGCACAAGGGCUUCAUGGAGAAACUGUACGCCAUCCAGGACGUGUUCAUCAGUGUGCAGAACGCUCUGGAUGAGGUGGCGUCCUUUGGAGAAAGAGUUAAAAACACUUUUAACUGGACAGUGCCUUUUCUAAGCUGGUUGGCGAUCGCUGCCUUAUGUUUGGCCACAUUUCUACUCUACCUCAUUCCUCUACGAUACCUGGUGCUCGCUUGGGGUGUAAAUAAGUUCACCAAGAAGCUGAGAGACCCAUACAUGAUCGAUAACAACGAGCUGCUCGACUUCCUGUCCAGAGUCCCGUCAGACGUUCAAGUGAUGCAGUACCAAGAGCUGAAGGUCGAUCCCGGACAAAGCCCUAACAAACGCAGGCGGACCAACCCCAGCUAGCUGAAGACACUCAACUGUAAACAAAACAAAAAGUCAUUUUGGAAACGUUAACUUCCAUGUCUAUUUGGAUUAGAGAGUACUGACUGUUGCUUUUUCUUCCUGUGAAGAGUUAUUUUCUAAACUUUUGAAGAUAAAAUCUUCUUUACAGCCUUUUAUUUCUCAUCCAUCUUAAGGUCGUGUCACACAGCCACGGCGUACAUUUUGUGCAUUUUCCAUGUAUGAAAUUUCGGUCUUUCGUGAUCCGAGCGUUAGAAGUGUUUCUUGCGCUAGUCCAUGUGCUCAGAUGGGUUCCAGCCGGCAGGUCUUUGUUAUUUUUGGUCUUGAGUUGUUCAAACUACACGCGUAUUUUACGUAGUUUAAACGCAAUUAUUACGUAAAUCUUAUGCAAUUGGACGUGAUUUUUGAGAGACGCACACGCAAAUGUGUGUCUUUCCACGACCGUUCCAUGUUUGUCUAACGGACUUUUCACGCAUGAACCACCUAUGUAUAACUUUUAGAUCACGCAUACGGCACACAGAUCACGUUAACCUUACGUAGCUGAUGCACGAAUCGUUAAUGUACGUAGUGGCUGUUUGACACGGCCCUAAAGUUAGGUAUGACAAUGUUUCAGGAAUGCGUGUUUGUUGGGUGUUAACAACAGUCUGCAUGAAUCCGUGACGUGCUGCUGCUGCAUGAAGAUAACUGUGUCAAAGUGAAAAGAUUAUUGGUCUGAUUAUUUUUGUACAGUUUGAGUCUUCGGACUCGUCUCAAGACUGAGCUGCAUGUUUGUUUCUUACGCUGCUGCUCUGUGUUAUCCCCAUGCACACACAAAACAUACACACAUGCAUUCUAUACAUUUAAUAUAUCUUUUUUAUUUUUAAAUGUACACUAAAUUAAACUAAAUGCUGAACUUCAGUGAGUCAGGGAAAGAAGUGUUGCCAUGGAAAUUUAAACCAAAGUAAAGAGAAUUUUUACCCACUAAGGUUUCUUCGUGAGUUUGUCUUAUUUCUGUUUCACUGACUUUAUUUGGAACUAUUUUUAUGAUUGUAAUUCUUAAUUUGAUUUUGCAGUUGUUUUAUUUAUCUAUUUUUAUUGCAUGAAUUUAAAAUUUGUUUUAAGUUAAUUAAAGUCUCAAUGUUUUUUUUUGUAUUUUUAUUUUUACAACAAUCUGCAGAAAUAAGUCCUUAUUAUUAGCCAUCAACGACUGUAACCAUCUUUGUCAGUAGGGGGUGCUGCAGUUUAGUAAAUCAAACUCAGUUUGUAAUAAAAUAUUUACAAACUAAAUAAAAAGUAAAUUCCAGUUUGAUUCCAGAAAAGGAUCUAAGCCAUAAUGAUUCAAGUUAAAUUUCAGAAUAAAAGGUCCAUCGUUGAAUUGAAACCACGGAUUGAUGAAAAUCUGAAUGGCGGCACACGCCUUCCCCGGUUCUGUUAGCUCAGAUUAAUCACAACGUUCUGACAAAUAUGUCAAAAAUGGCAAAGAAGAAAUUCUGAUUGACAAGCUCAGCUAAAGAGAAAAUGGAAUUAAACCCUUUGUGCAGAAAUCAGAGGAUAAAGUUUGGUUGAUGUCCUGCAGGAAUCAUUUUCAGACACUAAACAACUAAUUUAUACUUUUUUAUCCUUUUUUAAAUCAAUUUUUUUUACCUUUAACGUGUCUUCUUCCUCCGUUUCUUCCUGUAUGUUUGAAGCUGUUGUUGAUGUUGUGAUGGACUGCAUGUCUGAGCAGACGUCUGUGUUUACCUGCAUGACUGAACAUAAACUCAAUGCUGAAUGUGAGCUGCAGGCGCAUCAAAUCGAUGUUAUUGAGCUGAAAUGUUCAAUGCUUAGUCUAUGUGGAUGGACAGCUUUCUCUGAGAAAAAUAUAAAUAUAUAUAUUUCUUCACACA